AUGCAGUCCUGUGCCAGGUGUGGGUUUGUGGUCUACCCAGCUGAGAAGAUCAACUGCAUUGACCAGGUAACUCAGAACAACUGUGAUCUUGACACAGUUUCAGCUUAUGUUUGAGUCAAGCUUUAAUUCUUAUUCCAAAUAGUUUUGACAGCUCUUAAACUAACAAGAGGGGAAUAAAUCAAAUUAAAGGCCAGGUACGUAUUGAAAGAACCAAAAAAAUUGAUUACUUACUUUUUAAUUGAAACACUGAGCACUAAUACAACAGUUAUCCUCUACUAGAUAAAAAUCACUUGGUAAAGCGAUAGAAAUAUUUAAAUCUUGCAAAAUCAAGGAUUUUUAAUCACCUUAUAACACGAGCAAAAAGGUUGGAAGAGCUAGGGUUUGUAAAAUGAGGUGACAUCUAAAACCUCUUUUAAAGUCAAGAGUUGAUUUAGAAAUGAAUCAGAGUGCUUGUAAAAUAAAUGACUAGCAAUAGUGAUUCCAACAUAAAGGUAAAAUAAAAUAUGACGCAAUUUUAAAGGAUAUGAUACAGCAUGGUAUGGGACAGUACAGUACAAUAUGAUACGGGAUGCUACAAUAUAUUUCAGUACAAUGUUUCAGUAAAUUGAUAUGGUUACUGCCGUAUUUGAAUCUUUAUUUGAAAAUCUUUCUUCUUUAUGGUCUCUUUUAUGAGAUUGUUGUGACGCUAACAGCAAGGGGUAUAUAUGUUACAAGCCAUAUAAAAUCUAAUCUUGGGAGCGAGUCCUGUUGGAAGAUGAAGCUGUGAUCGCUCUUAUUUCAGCACCUGAAGUUACAUGAGUCACACACUUCCUGUCAGCCAAAGAUAAAUUAGGUUAUUGUAUAAAUUCAGGGAUUAAAAUCAGGGUCUUGCACUGUAACAGGAUUUUUUUUAUUUCUUUCAGAACUGGCAUAAAGCAUGUUUUCAUUGUGACGUCUGUAAGAUGGUUCUCACCGCCAAUAACUUUGUGAGCCACAAGAAGAGGCCAUACUGCUCUGUGUAAGUACAAUACAAAGUGAUCAAAUGUGUAUAUUUAAGGACGAUGUGGUUGAAAAUGGAUCCGUUUUAAUUCAAACAAUUACAUAAUGCGAUUACAUAAAUGACUGUAUUUACAUCUCAUCGCCACAGACACAAUCCAAGAAACAACACAUUCACCAGCGUCUAUGAGACCCCCAUCAAUAUCAACGCAAAGAAACAAAGCAAGGCCAGCAGUGAGGUAAGGUGAUGUCACAUGCCAAAAAACACGAGCAGAAACGUGAAACCAAAUAUUUUGGCCUUGAUCUGAGUCAAGGUGCAUUGUUGACGGGCUGACAUAAGUCACUGUCUACGCCAUGACUGAAAUGCACAUUUAUCAUCUGUUUGUCAUGACUGGCUUACAGUGAAGAUGCUAUUCAUAGUGGUCAUUGUGCCACUUUGGAUCAACAGGAUUGUAUUUUAAAGGGUGUCACGUAUGCUUGACUUCAUAAUGAUCAUAGAGGUAAAUUUUAUCAUAUGCAGAGAUAAUUGAUAUUUGCUGCAAUAACAUUUUUUUUCAUUGAUAACUCCUAUUUGUAUCCCUAGAUAAAGCUUUUAAUGUACAGUUCUGCAUUUCAGAUAUAAAUAUGGUCAGAAAAUUCAAGAUCUUUUUUUUAUUGGAAAAAGAAAAAACGAUCCAUGAACAUUUGAAAUAUUACACCUGUAACUCUGCCUUUCUACUCAUGUUGAAUAAAAACUAAUUAUAAAAAAAAAAAAGAAAAUUCAAGAUCUUAUCCUAAACUAAUGCAUCAACCUAAAUAAGCCCUUAUUCCUCUGAAGUAUUUGGAAGGUAGAAAUAUGGACGUCUGCUGUGAGUCCACAGUGACGGUAGCAACGAGGAAUGGAGAGUGUGGCUCAGGUUAUUUCUGUUCCUCUGACAGAGACUAGACAACCCCCUUAGGCUUAGCCCACUUUAUGCUUCAGGGGGCUAAAAUUAUACAUCAGGAAAAACAGCUCUGCAUCCUUUCCUCUCCUCAGCCCUGCCACCUGCUGCUGUCUGUCUGUGUCUACCAGUUCAUGCAAUGCUCUUAUGCUUAUAUUAGCAGUAGGCUAGCGAGCUCAUCAGCUACUGUGGUGUGCCAUGAGUGUUUUAGGGCUUAAGUAGUGGAUAUGUGAUCUGAGGGCAGACUUUAGAUCUUGCUGAGUGACCCUCAACCCUGUCUACUUAAAACGGUGUCCUAAAAGAUCACGCUUUGGUUGAUAUGCAGAGCUUUUGUUGUCAUUAGAUUCACUGAUGUUUCAUGGUUCAUGUGAAAAGUGGACCACAUCAAUUGAUGGUUGCACAUAAAACAACUGCAGCCAUCAAUCACAGCUUAUUGAUUCUGGUUGUAUUAUCGCCACCCUCUGGACAUGAUGUUACCAAAUAUAUAAAUGCAAGAUUCACCCAAUUUCCUUUCCAAGUUAUGCUCUUCAAAAUAAGCUGAACAAAACAAAGACAGACAGCUGCCACGUUUCAUGUCAUGUAAUUAUAUUGCGCUCAAAUCUAUGUCCCUCUUUGCAUCAGCACAAAAAUGCUCUGACUGCAUUUAUUACACUAAAGUUCAUGCAUACACUGCACCUUUACAGGGUAUGUUUAAUUUAUGUUGAAGAUUUUGAUAGUUAUUAGUAAUUAUGAUGACUAGACUGACAUAUGUGUGAAUAAUAGUUUACCUUAUAGAUUCAAAACAUAUUGUGGGUCGAGAUGUAGAUGUAGAUAUGACAUUUUAAAUUUACUUACAUUUUUCCUAACACAUAUUUCCGAUGUGUUACAAUAUUUUUGCUCCUUUAGUUUAAGCCCCUCAGCGAUGAUGCUUUAAAGAAGUUCCUCUUAUCCUUUGCAGUGCAGCUAUUCCAAAAUUAGUUUUAGACAUAUUUAAAGCUUUAGGAUCAUGAGCAAACAGCUCAGAGUUUCAUCAGUCAGUGCUGCAAGAGGAACUUCCCAUUUAUUUUUACCAGCAAGCUAAUAUUAUCCCUUCAUUAACAUUCAGCCCAGGUUGUUGGGUUUAAAGAUGACAACUUAUGAAUAGACUAAAGGUUUGCUCUUUGCCCUGAAGUCAGGGUUAUAUCUGUUUGUGCUUUGAGAUGCUUUGAUUAAUCUGUCCAAUCACCGGGUUGGAUGCUUUUGGCACAUGUCUGGUGUGGGUAUUAGCAAUAUAUGUGCUGGCCUUGGCUUAUCGCUUGUUGUCUUUGUGCAUCUGUUUGUAGCUGAAGUAUCGCGAGGAUGGCGAACGCUUUAUGUCCACCUUCCAUCAGGACAUGAGGUCAAUGGAGCUGGAGAGGGCUCGCCUAGCCAAUCAAAUGGCCAGCCAGGUGAGCUCCUGAGAGAGCAACUGGCCAAUACACCCAGUUACAGGGAGUUCAAGCCCAAAAUGUCCAAUUUAAAAAAAUAUGCAUGUCUUUUGAGGCAAAUGGUAAGAAUGAGAUCAAAUCUUGUAAGGGUUAAAAAUAUAUAUAUAUAUAUUUUUUUUUUUUCAGAUCAGUUUCUUUUUCGGCACCUGUCAUCAACACUGAGUAGAGCCAUUAAAUCAGAUAAAGAGGUCCUAUAGCUGCAAAGUCUUACCUGUUAAGAGAAUAUUUAAAUCUGACUGAAUUUGGCUCUAUUGUCCAAACAGGCUUUCAAGUCACAGUCAGAGUUCUCACACCAGCAGACAUGGAGUUCAAGCACGAUGACCAACCAGGAGAUGGUUACCAUGUCUCAGUCUCAGAAGACCCUCAGUGAUGUGAGUUUCUUUUACCUUAAGAAGUGCUUUUUUGUGUUUUAAAAACUUGAGUGUCUGUGUCACUAAUUAGACUCUUUGGUUUUUCUAAAUUUGAGUUAAUGCCCUGAUUGAUUUAUGCUUUCAUUGGCAGGUGCAGUUAACAGGGGAGUUUGAGUCGAAAGGAAAAGGCAGCUUCCCUGCCAUGAUCACACCAGGUUACCAGGCUGCCAAAAAUGCCAACUCUCUGGCUAGUAGUGUAAGUUAGCUAACUUUAUUUUCUUUUUGAACUCAUCUCAGAAAAAAUCAAAACCCUCACAACUUAGAUCAGCUAAUUCCCUUUGGUGGAUAAGUAAAUUUCUGAAAUAUACUUUUUUUCUGCAGCUUGAGUAUAAGAAAGGACACGAGGAGAGAGUUUCUAAGUACACCACGUUUGUUGAUCCUCCAGAGGUACUUCUGGCCAAGAAACAAGGACAAAUUGUCAGCGAUGUAAGCUCUUCCUUAAGUCUUCACAUCAAUUUGACAAAAUAUUAAUGGCAAAACUGGUGGUUUAAAGUAGCAUUUUGGCUCAUUUUUAAAAUUUUCAACUCCGUUAACUUGAAAAACUGACAUUAGUGGAUGUUUCUUUUCUCCCUCAGUAUGCCUACACAGAAGAGUAUGAGCAGCAGAAAGGUAAAGGCAGUUUCCCUGCACAUCUUACACCAGGAUACAAGAUGUCAAAGAAGGCCAGUGAGCAGGCCAGUGAUGUGAGUCAGACAAAGUGAAAAUGUACACUUUCUUGCCCUUAGAUUACAUCCUUCACAAUGUUUUGUAUAAUUUUUUAAAUUCAUUUUCUAUGUCUCACCAGAUAAAGUAUCGUCAGACAUAUGAACAGGAGAUUAAGGGUAAAGCCAGUGCAGAGGUGGCUGUAGCUGAAGCUGCUCACGCCAGAGAAAAUGCUGAACACUACAGCCAAGUGAGUGAUGUGCUGAUUUUGUUUGCACUUGAAAGCCUGUUCAGGACCUAUCAUAAUUAAAAUGAAAAGGCCUUUAUUUCUCUUUAAAUAAUAAUGGACAGUAAAUUAUAGGAACCAGAACUGAACCUUUCAUAGUUAGAGAUAUCAACCUAGUAGAUAAAUGUCAGUUAAUCUAUAAUUUUCAUCACAAAAUAUUUUUUACUUACCGUGGCGGACGCACUUCUUACCUGAGACUUUUCCCCUGAUGCAGAUUGCCUAUACAGAGGAUUAUGAGCAACACCGAGGUAAAGGAAGUUUCCCAGCCAUGAUCACCCCUGGUUAUUACCUUGCAAAGAAAGCUCAGGAGAACGCAAGUGAUGUGAGUAUUAAUGUCUUUAUGCAAAAAAAUGACCCCUAAUGACCCCCUAAUAAUAAUUUAUUUUUAUAGCACUUUUAAAAACAGAGGUUUACAAAGUGCUUUGACAAAUGGUCAUACAGCACAGAAUGUCGGUACACGGAAAUAAAAACAAGUAAAAACAAAAAGCUCAGUUAAAACAAGGCCUCAGAAUUAAAGGCCAUUUUCAUAUGGCAUAAGGAACCCAGAUAAUCCAAGAACCCUGCAACAUAAAAUGAGACCAUGAGGACAAAAAUAAGAACAUAAAAUAUGUAAGUAUAACAAAAGCUAAUAAGACAGUUAAGCCGAAAUAAGACAGAGGUAAAAGAGAAAAGAGUUACAACCAGGUCUUUAGGCUCUAUCUCAGUUUUUUUGUGAGUUCACUCGGUGUGAACUCACUCGACGUUGUGCAGUCAAAAAAAGAGCCUCUAUCACAUGUGUCAUCAUGUCGAACAUGCUGUCAAAACACAGCAGAAUGUCUGGCUGGAAAAGCUUCAGCUUCAUUUAUCAUCUGACUGUCAUCGCGGGGAAGAAUAGACCAGAGACAACAAUGGCAGAGCCUCCCUGACUGCAUGGCGUCAUUCUUUAAACUCUCCACUCUGACUAAAUUAGACUGUGUGUAGACAUGUGUGUGAAUAGUACCGGUAAUCUCCCACACAGAAUCACAACAUGUUGUCCUAAGAUGUGCACUAAACCAUCUCUCAUCCUCAUGCAGCUCAAAUACAGGAAGGACUUAAACAAGAUGAAGGGCACCUCUCACUUCCACAGUCUGACAUCCGAGGACAAUCUGGCUCUAAAGAACGCUCGCAAGAUCAACAAGAUUGUCAGUGAGGUGAGCUUGUUAGUGAAUUACCCCUCCGAUUUCAAAGAAGUUGGUGUCAUAAGUAUCCCGAAACUAACAGAGAUAAAUGAUGCAGCUUGGUGUGUGUGUGUGUGUUUAGAGCUGGAAAUAUCAGACGUGGUGCGUUAGUUUCCAGCAGACAUGAAGCCACCCAACUUGCAUUUUCAGCAUCUCUGACAUGCCAGCCCGCUGGGGUUACUGCUUAACUUCAAGGCCACAGGACACCCUGUCAAAAUAAAGUUACCUCACAGAGGAGCCUUUCUUCACAGGGCUUGUCCAGAUGGGGGACCAGGGGUGGCAUGACCUACACCACCCCAUCACCAGUAGCUUUCUUUGCACUUAAAUGUGGGUCAUUUUCUUUUGUUGGUACUCUUGCAAUCUGCAUUAAUGUCAACAACACAUUUAUUGGUAAUAUUCAGGGACUGAAAAAUUGCCAAUAAAUGUGUUCUUGGAGUUGGAUUACCACUAUUUUAGUAGCUAAAAUGAUAACUUUAGACAAAGAUCUUCUCUUCAAAUCCCCAAAAGAACGUAAAAAAUUAAUGUCUAAUCCGAAAUAAUGGGAAACUUUCAACCAGUGUGGUAUUUUUUUAUGUUUGCUUGCACAGCUCAGAUUCAGCAUGAAUGUUAAAAGGUGAGAAAAUCCCUCUUGUGUGGCAUUUGACUGUCUAAGGCACUGACAUGUUAAAUGGUUCCAUGCUGUCAUUGUUAAGCUGGACGACACAUAUUUAAGAUUUAGGCACUCUGUGUCACUUGAGUUAUGAUGGAAAAGUGUCAGGGAUGGUGAGUGAUUAGUGUCAGGUAUUUUAAAUUUAGCACAUAACCUAAGCUCUGGUUGUGCAUCAACAAAAAAGGGGGAGACUGGAAGAUGUUUCAAAGCAGCUGUUGUCAUUCUUCACAUGUUUUGUCUCAGGUGGAGUACAAGAAGGAUUUGGAGAACACCAAAGGCCACAGCAUCAACUUUUGUGAGACGCCACAGUUUCAAAAUGCUGCGAAAGUUGCCCAGUUCACAAGUGAUGUAAGUGACACACUUUUCUAGUGUAAGUGUAAUCACAGCAAACUGAUAAGAAGUUGUUGCUUCAUGUAUCAUUUGGCAAAUGUGUGAAUAUUUUGGUAAUAAAACAGAGUCCUCCAUGAUGAAUUGUAUCAAUCUUUAUAAACUUUUUCAUACUUUUUAAAGAACAAGUACAAAGAGAAAUAUAUCAGUGACAUGAAAGGCCACUAUGAAGACUCAGGAAUCGAUAAGAAGACCAUGCACGCCAUGAAGGCCAGAAAACUGGCCAGUGAUGUAAGUCUUGUUUCCCAUGGUCUUAUCAUAGCUGACAAAUAUCAUGCAAAUUAUAUGUAAAUGUCUUAUAUGGUAUUAAUCUAAGACACACACACAUUUCUCAUUUUUUUUCAAGCCCCAGUGUAUACUUAUGUAUAGAAGACAGAUUAGCACCAUGCUAGCAAUAGCCCUGACACAGUCUUCUUGUUAUUUCCAGAUUUCUUAUAAACAAGGUGUUGAAAUGGAGCAGGGUGAAUAUAACUAUCCAGCAACCCAAACACCAGGCUACAAAAGCCAGAGGAAACUGGACCCGUUGAAAGAUGUGAGUCAUUGAGUGUCUUUUUUUACAGUACAGUAUCUAUCAUAUAAGCCAAUUACAAACCAAAAGAGAUUAUUUCUUCUUGUGUGAUCCAUUUGUUUUGUGUACUUUUUGAAUUGCAGAAGAACUAUAGGCAACAUAUCGAUCAGGUCAAAUACAGCCCAGUGACGGACACACCUGAGAUUAUUUUGGCAAAGAAAAAUGCAAAUCUCGUCAGCAAUGUAAGUAACUGGCAAAAAUAUUGUAAAACAAGUUUUUCAGCUGCACAAUAAAGAGCUGACUGCAAAGUUUUAUCCAUGUGUCUUUCAGCACAACUACAAAGCAGACUAUGAGAAGACCAAACAUCAGUACACACUCUCCCAGGACCUGCCCCAGAUCAAAAAAGCCAAAGCCAAUGCUGCUUUGUGCAGUGAUGUAAGUUAGUUUGGUGAAGCUAUUUCUACCUUUAUACUUUAAGUAUACAACGGGACUCAAUCACAUGUUCAGAUAAAACAAUAUACAAUGUUUUUUAGAUCAAAUAUAAGGAAGAGUGGGAGAAAACCAAGUCUAAAGCCUGUGAUAUUGGCAUUAAUGACUUGAGCGUCAGAGCAGCAAAAGCCUCCCGUGACCUCGCCAGUGAUGUAAGUAAACACAUACUCUUUUCCACUGCGUGAGGGCUGUCUGAGCAAAUAGCUAAGUGAGUUUAGUCAAAUAUGAUUAUUCAAUGAAAUGGUCAUGUGUUUAAGAUUAAAUACAAGGAAACCUACAUGAAGGACAAGGAAAAAGCUGUGGGGUUCAACACAAGUGACUCAAAGACUCUGCACUCACUACAAGUGGCGAAGAUGAGCAGUGAUGUAAGCUUUUUUUUUUCUUUCAACAGUACUCGCAGACAUUUUUCCCACUUGCCUACCAAGCAGCAAUCUAGCUUAAAAAACACUAUUUUAUUGAAAUUCCUUCCAACAGAUUGAAUAUAAGAAGGGCUCCAAGGAGAACCAGAGCCAGUUCAGCCUUCCACAUGACAUGAUCAACCUAAGCCAUGCCAAAAAGGCCCAGGCCCUCGCCAGUGACCUGGAAUAUCGCACAAAACUGCAUGACUACACCGUCAUGCCAGAUGACAUCAAGGUCCAGCAGGCCAAGAAAGCAUAUGCUCUGCAGAGUGAGGUGAGAGACAUGGAGCAGAAACUAGCCCUAUGCUAACCCUGUGAGACAGAGAGCUGUGACAACAUUUUGCUGGUGCUAUAGGUUUUAACACCAGAUAACAGGAAUGAUUCUGUGAUAUAAAUUUUUCUAUGUAGAUUUCACCAAGACUUGAAUCUUGCAGGCUCAAAGGUACCAAUGAGUGUCAGAGCAUGUGAUCCUGCACAAUAUUCAUAACAUGUUUUUCCACUUUUUGUCCCUCCUCCAGAACCAGUAUCGCUCAGACCUGAACUGGAUGAAAGGAGUUGGCUGGGAGACUGAAGGAUGCAUGAACAUCACCCAGGCCAAGAAAGCUGGAGAGCUGCUAAGUGAUGUGCGCAAAACUUGGACUUUCUGUGACUUUUAAUUCAGUUUCAAAAUGAACUGUAUUUAUUUAUUUAUUUAUUUAUCAACUGCUCCUUUUCCUCACAGACUAAAUACCGUCAGAAGGCAGACAGCAUCAAGUUCACUCAGGUGGCAGACGAUCUCUCUAUCAAACACGCCAAGAAGAGCCAGGAGCUGCAGAGUGAUGUAAGGCCUUCAGUGUAAAGCUACAUUCAUGUACAUUUUACUGAGAAGAAGCAGUCUAAAGUCAUAUUGUCUUUCUGUUUUACAGCUUGCAUACAAAGCCAACACGGAGCAGAUAAUUCACCAGUACACCAUGACCCAAGAUGAACCCCAGUUCAGACAAGCAAAGGCUAAUGCUGACCUUCUCAGUGGGGUAGGUGAUUUUUUGUUUGUUUAUUUGUUUGUUCUAUGAUUUUACAAAUCAGACUGUAACAGUGGUGCGAGCAAGAGCUUUAUGAUAUGGCAAGAUCAGAUAAAAUGUAAAAUAUAGAUUUUUUAUUUUUUUGGUGUUCCUCAGGGCUUAGUGUUUGGUCCCUUUAGUGUUUUUCAAGUAUUUGAUUUUUGAGUAUGAAGUAUUAGUUUUUAAUUGGUGUAUCUAAACAACCAUAAUAUUCCUUUUAGAUUACCAUCCAUAUUUUAUUUUAAAAAAGUAUACAGUACAGUUGAAAACAUGUUUUCGAGGUCAGGUCCAUUUACUUUCACUGGAAGUUUGUAAAUACUUAGUGGGCUGUUUUGAGGAGGGUGACACACAGUUGAGUAACACAUAUCAUAAUACAGGUCUGACCAUAUGACCCGUCUGUAAGGUCAACAUAAUCUGUUCCCAGAAAGUAGAGGCUCUUUAUUAUUUUUGGGAACAACAUUAAAUCUUCAAUUUAGAGUUAUUGUAACUCCACUGAGUGUCCUCCACAUGGCACAAACUAAGUUAACUGGUGUCUCUUCACAAAUCUGAAAAGACAAAAAUUAGAUUACCAUUUAGAAUCAACCUAACCCCUUAAUGACAUAAACACAAUUAACCUGUUUAAACAGGCUUCAGGGCCCUGCAAUGUUUGUUACAUAGGGUAAAUCAUGUAUGGUUUGACAUGCAAGUCUUUCUGUGCAAAUAGAGGUGUGUUACAGAACUAUAGAACUAUAUGCUGACACAUGUUUUAUACAUAUUUUAAAACGGUAUUAAAUACCAUCCUUUUGUUUUUAGAAAGUGUACAAGAGCAACUGGGAGAAGCAGAAGGAAAAGGGCUUUGAGCUGAGCUUGGACUCUCUCGCUAUUCUCACCGCUAAAGCCAAAAGAGACCUGGCCAGUGAUGUGAGUUUCGCUCAAAAUCUGUCUUUGAGUGCGAUCUCAGGCCUGAGGAGAAAUAUGUUUUAAACUUAAAUUCAAACUUGAAUUGUUACAGUGUUGUACACCUGAAUGAAAUACGAUUUCAUCACUUGAUAAUGCAGCUAAAUACAAAUGCAGAGUCUUUUUGAAAAACCACAAUAAUCUUGUCCCAUGACAGGUCAAAUACAAGGAGAGCUAUGAGAAGAACAAAGGGAAGGUGAUCGGCAUUAAGUCGGUCAAAGAUGACUCUCAGAUGGCUCACUCUACUCUGGCAACCAAACUACAGAGUGGCCGCGACUACAAGAAAGACUAUGAAGAAACCAAGAGCAAAUACAGGUGAGGCCUUGGUGUUGAUCCUAUAUGAUCCGAGCUAAUUUCACAUUAUAGACACAGACACCACUCAUCAUUGGAUCCUUAAAUUAUACAGCUAACUUGAUAAACUACUGGCUACAAGUAAAUAAGAGGUGAUGUGUUAAUGAGCUUUAAAAUGAAAUCUGUCUCUAAUACAGAGUUUUAUUUUAAAAAAUUCAAAAUCUGAACUACCAUCUUCAGUUUUUUCAGUUCAGGGUCAAUCUAAGGGAUUCCUCAUGCUCAAGCAAGAAUAAUAUAAAGAUGAAAGAUUUUAGUGAACCAAAAUCUUCAUAUUGGAAUUACAUUUUCUGAAUGAAAUUGUUCUCCCUCUUAGUGUUCACCUGGACAUGCUGAACAUCAGUCAUGCCAAAAAGGCCCAGGACCUGGCGACCGAGACCAAUUACAGGACCAUCCUGCAUGAGUACACAACUCUUCCAACUGAUAUGAAGGUGGCCUGGGCUAAGAAAGCAUACGGACUGCAGAGUGAUGUAAGUCCCAUAGUUAGAUAUACAAAAAAACAAGAAUGUUAUGUACAAAAAAAUCCUUUAAAUGCAAUGAAAAAUAAAGAUUGAAGGUGGAAUUUGUAUCUGUGCUAUUUUAGAAACAGUACAGGUCAGAUCUGAACUGGAUGAAGGGCGUGGGCUGGGAGGCCUCAAAAUCUCUGGAUGUCCAGCAGGCAAAGAAAGCAGGGGCGCUCGUAAGCGAGGUAAUGUAUCAGCUGGAAUGCAAGAGUCAAAUCAGGAAAUAAUAUUAGAUUUUUUAGACUAAAUACUAAAUUUAGAAAAUAGUUUCAACCAUUAUUGAAAUUGACCUGUAUGACUCCGUAGGUUAAUGAGCACAGGGACCAUGAGAAAGUGAUUUGCAUGAUUGUGUAACAUAUAGCUGGAAAGCACAUGCAGUAUGUAGGUUUAUGACUGAGGUCAGAAUGUAUUUAAAGAGCAGCGGCCAUCUCUGCUCUCCAGAAACUAGGUUAAGAACACAGGCUUCACCCAGCUAUUACAGGAGACUUGGACUUACUGCAGCAGCUGAAGCUGUUGCAUAUUAAAUUGGAUCAGGAAUCAUCAAUACAGGCUCCACAAAUCAUAUUGAGGUAGAUCAGGGGAGUUAUGCUUGCUUGCCAGUCAACUCCUCUCAAGGGAAGGACUUUCAACAUCCUCCGUUAACACGAAGGAUCCAGUUUCCUAUAAGCUUUAAAGUACUUGGUGUGCAUAUAUGGAAAACAUGGAUAAAAGCAUUGUCGAGUUAAUUUCUGACCUUUGAUAUCUUAUCUGUUUAUGGACUUGGUCACUUGAGUUAAAUUCAUACUAGACACUUUAACACCCUCCUUACAGACUAUUUUUAGACAGGUAUUUUUUUUUCAAUAUGUAAGUGGGUGCUAAAGUGCACUGAAAUAAUUCUGUGACACAUCUUUGCAAUACCAAACUUCAUCUAUAGCCUCUCAACGUGCAGCUGAGCCUUUAUUUUAAGGGUUGUUGUUUUUUUUAGAUGACCAAUUUCCUUUGGUACUCUACAGUAUAUAAGUUAGCAUGAUUACUUUGAGGUAUAUGUUGCCCUUCUCUGUUUGUUGAAUGCAUGUGCACAAUAUUGGGAAUGGUUUCUUCUUCCUUUACAUGUUCUUGUUUAAUUUUCUUCUGCAGAAAAAGUACCGCCAGGAUGUGAGCGCUCUGAAGUUUACCAGUGUUGAAAACACGCCAGAGAUGGCUCAGGCUAAACUCAGCAACAAAUUGGCCAUUGAUGUAAGUUCAGCUGUCAUAUGUGCCUCUCAAAAUAUAAUAGGAUGCAUUCAAUCUGAUCUAACUUAAUUACUUGUUAAUGUUUUGAUUGACAGGUCUUGUCAAAAUGUAUAAUGCAAAUUGACUGAGAUUCAAGCUAGAUUUAACAUGUUCAACUCAUGUACUUGUGGUUUCACAUUACAUAAAAAACACAUUUAUAUGGCAUACAUCACCAGAUAUUAAUGAUGCACUGUUUUGGUCUUCACAGAGGCUGUACAGGGAAAAGGGUGAAAACAUGAAGCACAACUACACACUCAGUGGAGAGCUGCCAGAGUUAGUUCAGGCCAAGAUCAACGCCAUUAACAUCAGCGAUGUAAGAAAAUCUCACAGUAAACCAUCAGACAGUUAAUCGAUCCAUCCUCUCUGAUACCUGUUUCUUAUCUGCUAUCUGCUUUUCAGAGCUGCUACAAAGAAUCCUGGACUAAGAUUCGUGACGGUGGCUACAAGCUGCGUCUGGACGCCAUUCCUUUCCAGUCUGCGAAAGCAUCUGCAGAGAUCCUCAGCGAUGUAAGCAUGCAAUUUACGCUUGAUUUCAUCGAAAAAAAGAGCUGCCAGUUUACUUACUUACUAUUCGGCACAGUACGCAUUUAAUUUCUUUGCAGCAUUUGGAAUUUUAAUUGUUUGUCAUUUUAGCAAAAGUACAAAGGAGAGUUUGAGAGGAGCAAGGGGAAGAUGAUCGGCCUGAAAGGAUUGCAGGAUGACAUAAACAUUGCUCACUCUGUCCAUGCCAGCAAGCUACAGAGUGAUGUGAGUGACCCUGACUAAAACAAUUAAUACAAAAGUUCAAAGCAAAGAAAAAAAAAAUUAAAAAAAAAAGUGAUUUGUGUAUCAAUUUUUUCUUCUUUCCUCCAUCUUCAGAUCACAUACAAGAAGAACUCAGCAAAGGAGCUCUCCAAGUUCAACCUCCCCAUGGACAUGCUCGAGGUGUCUCAUGCUAAAAAGGCUCAGGCUCUGGUCAGCGAUCAGGACUACAGGCUCACCCUGCAUCAGUACACCUCACUACCUGAUGACAUGAAGGUGCAGGCGGCAAAGAGAGCGUAUGCUCUGCAGAGUGAGGUGAGAUGGAUGACAACUUGUGUUAUUACUAAACACAGUUUAUUUAGAAUAUUUCACAUGACAAACAUCAAAGCAACUGCACUACCCUUUAGAAUUAUAAUGAAAACUUUUGCAAAACUUCUCCGGCUUGCUGACUGUGCUGUCAAACGUGACCCUUUUUAAUAUUUGUGUUACAGAAAGUGUAUCGCUCUGAUUUGAAUUACCUGCGUGGUGCAGCCUGGAUCGCUACUGGGGCUCUGCAGAUUGAGGGCUCCAAGAGGGCCACAGACCUCAUCAGUGAUGUGAGACAGCUUUUUUCUUAUUAUUUGCUUGACCCUUUUUAUAACCUGUGUGAUCAUACCCACAGAACUGUACAUGCAGAUCGUGAUGGUUUUGCUCUUGAAUCAAUUGAAUAUAAUCCUUAUUUGCAAACAUAUCUUGUGUGUCAUGUGCGUUUGUUGUCAUUUUUUGACAUUUGGACAGUUAUCCUUGUUUUGAUAAAAAAUUAAAGAAAUAGUAAUAAUGGUAUUCAAAAAUUUAAAAAUGAAGAAAACUAACGUUGUUUUUCCUUCUCUUACAGAAAAAGUAUCGUCAGCAGCCUUACAAUUUCAGGCACACCUCUGUGACAGACUCUCCAGAUAUUGUCCACGCAAAACUCAGUGGGCAAGUCACUAAUGAAGUAAGAUAAUAUGUUUUGAAACUAUUCUAAAAAUCUUUUCUCAAACUUUCUAUUUAACUGUUUUUUAUCUGUACAUGUCUUAAAUUAGGAAAUGUGUUUUUGUCCCAUCACUUCUUAUAGCGUUUGUACAAAGAAAAAGGUGUAAACGACCAGCAUAACUACACCAUCACAUGUGAGAGACCGGAGAUUACUCAAGCAAAGAUCAACGCAGCCAACUUCAGUGAGGUAGAGAUCUGUGCAGAGACUGACAGUGCUCUUUUUAGUUACCCUGUGUUUUGAUUUCUAAAGUUGAUGAUUGGUGGUUGUUUGUCUCUAGAUCAGGUACAGAGAUUCCUGGAAUACUCUGCGGGCUCAGGGCUACAAACUCACCAUGCAGGACAUCCCCUUCCAGGCUGCCAAGAGCUCCACAGGCAUCGCCAGUGAUGUAGGGAAUAAAAAGUGUUGCCAGAGUUAUCCACCUUGAUAUAACAUAAGUUAGGGAUAACCCACUCAUGUGCUUGUGUCUCCUGCAGUACAACUACAAACACAACCACUUGCUGGAAAAAGGAAAGCACAUCGGCGUCAAAAGCGUCAUGGACGACCCACAUCUCCUGCACUGCAGGCAGGCGGGCCGACUUGCUAGCGACCAGGAGUACCGAAAGGAUGCCCUGACAACCUCCGGGCAGUACCACCUCACCCCUGAUAUGAUCCACCUGGUGACGGCUAAGAGUGCCCAGGCCCUUGCCAGCGACCAGGACUACAGGAAGAAGCUGCACGAGUACACAGUGCUGCCUGAUGACAUGAAGGUCAAGUGGGCCAAAACGGCGUACAACCUGCAGAGUGAGGUGAGAGGUGUGGGUGAGGAAGCAAUAAAGAGGAUCUCAUGAGUCAACUUGGCUGACAUGUUUUAUUGUCCUGUGUGUAGAAACUGUACAAGUCAGACCUGAAUUACAUGAAGGGUGUUGCCUGGGACGGUGUGGGUGCUCCUCAGCUGGAGUCAGCAAAGAAGGCGGGAGAACUUAUCAGUGACGUGAGUAUGCAUUAUGUUGUGAACGGUAUUGUUAGGAUACACGUGAUACUGAACCCUAAAUCCUUACAGCCUUUUUAUUUAAUGACCUGACAGCAAAACUAUCUCAUUUUUAUCAUCAAGUAAGUUGUGUUUAGCCCUAUCCUCCCAUGAUUUGGAGAUAGACUUCUGUUAAAAUCCAAGAUAACAGUAUUUUUGUCCAGAGAUUACGAGAAAAUAAAGAUCUGGUGAAAACACAAUAUCUUGAGAUUUUGAGAGUAAUGAGUCAAGAAAACAAGAGUUAUCACUUGUUAUCAUUCAUUGUCUCUGGAAAACAAAGCAAAUAAAACUCAUGCAUGUCUGCCGAGGGCUUCCUUACCAAAAGAAUAAUCACUUUUAGUUUUUUGGAGACCUUUUCUGGCUUGAUACAUGGAGGAUCAUGGAUAGAGCAGGAAAUAGGGGAGAGAGUGAGGAAUGACAUGCAGGAAAGACACCACAGGGGACAAUCGAACCUAGACCACCUGAGUGCAUGGGAUGUGCUGAGACGACUACUGCUGCGCCCCAGUGCUUGUGUUUUUAUGCUAGUUUUUGUCUUUCCCUGGUACAGAAAGUUCAGACAGUUCAAACAAACUUAGUGUUGCUCUGCAAAAAAAAAAAAAAAUGAUGAAAGGCGUAUAAGGCUGAAAAUGUAAAAUAUUGGACUGAACUGAAUUUGUUAAAACUGAUGAUGUGGCAACUAAUUUGUCCGUUAUUGAGUAAUUUUUUUAACUCAACUUUGUGAAAUCAUCAAAUAAUGUUUGAACAUGUUAUAUCAUCACUCAUCUCAGCCGUCUGUGUUUGCUGAUGUCAAAGUGUUCUUGGUCUUCUCCCAUGCAGAAGAAAUAUCGUCAGCAGCCAGACAGACUGAGGUUCACCUCAGUGGCUGAUUCUCCUGACAUCGUCCACGCCAAGAUGAGCUAUCAGCAGUGCAGCGAGGUGAGGAGGGAAGAUAAAUGUACUCAGCAGAUCAUUUUAAACCUCAUUGUUCUCGACAGACCUGAUGUUGUUCUAAAAAUGUUGAAAUCACCAAUGCAGUUCAUGUUUUAUUUGUGUUUUCACACUGCAGAGGCUGUACAAAUCUGGGAAGAAUGAUGACAUGCAUAAAUAUACCUUACAUCCAGAUGAUCCCGAUUUUGUCAGAGCCAAAGUUAACGCCCAGCAGAUCAGUGAUGUAAGGAGGAAACUCAUGAUUUAAAAUAGAAGAAACUAUUUUCAUGAUAUCAUAGAAAAAGAUUCCCACUUUACUUUUUGACAUUUUCAUCCCUUUCACUCUUUUCCCAUGAAGAAAGUUUACAAAGCGUCUGGAGAGCAGGUGAAGACAUCGGGCUAUGACCUCAGGCUGGACGCUAUCCCCUUCCAAACCGCCAAGGUCUCCAGAGAUAUCGCCAGUGAUGUGAGUUUUUUGCUCAGUUUGUAACAAGAUUUCAGACCCUCUACAUCUUUUUUUUUUACGUUCCUAAAGAGUAAAUUAAACUUAAGCUGAACCAAAGCUGAAAAUGAAUGAUAACGAACCUUAAAAGUAGUUUAAUCCUACAGUUAACUGAGCUGUAAAACUCAAGCAUUCAAGAAAACUGUCUUUUUACUUUCAUAGUUCCGUUACAAAGAAUCACAUCUGAAAGAGAAGGGUCAGCAGGUUGGCCUGCGCUGUGUCGAAGACGACCCCAAGAUGGUGCACUCUUUGGCAGCCAGCAAACUCCAGAGCAACCUAGAGUACAAACGCCAGUCUAAAGAGGACCAGGCUCACUACAAGAUCCACGCAGACCAGCCAGAGUUCCUGCUUGCCAAGAAGAGUCAGGCUCAGGCCAGCGACCUCACCUACCGCCAGAAACUGCAUGACUACACCUGUGACCCCGAGCAGCUCAAUGUGAAGCACGCCAAACAGGCCUACAAGCUGCAGAGUGACGUAAGUCAGAGAGCGUAUUAAGUAUCAGCGAAGUGUGUCGCCCCAUGUUUGGCUGAGAGAAACUGAGUCCAGACAAAUUUACUAUUCACUAAAAAACAAAACACAGGAGUGCCAAGGUCUUUAUACUCUUCUGGAGCCAAGUCAUAAAGAAUGAGCCCUGAACUUUCUAAAUAUCUAUUUUCUUACAGGUGAAAUACAAGUCUGAUCUGAACUGGAUGAAAGGAGCGGGCUGGACCCCUCCAGGUUCCCACAAGGCUGAGCUUGCCCGCAGAGCUGCUGAGCUCGGACUAGCUGAGGGAGUCAGCACUGACGAGGCUAUCGCAAAGUAUCAGCAUAUGAUGAUGGUAAGUGAGCAGGGAAGAAGAAAUGAUUUCUUUUCAGUCUAGCAAGGUUUUUAUAACUUUGAUAACUUCCCGCUGUGUUCUUUUAGUUGCAUCAUCAGCAGCAGAUGGAGCAGCAGCUGCAAAAUCAGCAGACUUCAGAGCACGUGGAGACCAGCGAGGAGGUUCACAAUGACGUCAACAUGGACGCCAUGGAGGUCCUGCAUGUCAAGAGGAAGAAGACCAUCCAGACCGUUCAGAAAAAGUCCACUACCACCACCACAACCUCAUUCAAGUCUAUGGAGAAGUCCAGCACCACCUCAUCUUCUUCAUCAGCUGCCCUCCAAAACGCAGUGAAGACGUCAAGCAAAGCUGCUGCGAUAGAGGAUGCGUAGAUUUAAGAAAUUCUUUGUAGAUUGUAGCAUUUCUGAUUUUCAUUUUUAGAAAGUGUUAAUUUUUACCUAAUGGGAUAAUUUAUAGGACAAAAAAAGAGUGUGCCUCAGGAGUUACACUUGUGUAUAACACAGCUACUGUAGCUGAAACUAUUGUGAGAGGUUGUCAGAAUGAGAGAAGAAAUGGAUCAAGUAAGUCGGACAAAAUAGGACUUGCCAGGUUAGAUGAAAAGAUUGUCAGUGUAUGUGCUUAACUAAAAAGGAACAGAGACAGAAACGAUGGGGUUUAAGUAUUUUUGAUACUUUAUUGAAAUCUCCAACUGGGUGGAUCUAUUGAGAGCAUUGAGAGAACUGAAUUCAGGUUGUAUUGUGCGAAAAGUAAAAGUCUUUGAGUUUCAAAUACAAGGUUUGUUUUAGUUUUGUAUCUUGAAUGUGUUCAAAUAACAUGAAUCUGGAUCAGAGAAUGCCCUAUACUUUUUUAAAAAGGUAUGUUAUUUUAUUUCAUUGGACAAGGCUCAGACAAACCUUGCAAACUGGCAGUUCUCCAAUGAAGUCUGCUAAUAUAAUGCACUUUGCAAGGCUCAGUGGGAAUAAGUAUUGUCGAAUGAAAAAAUGUGUGCCCUCCGUUUUGUCUGGCAGGUUCAGCUUUGUGAGUUUGUAUCAGGUCCCAUUUUAACUCAAAGCUGGGCUGGGAGUAAAUGCUUGGUUUUAUUGCUGGUUAAAUAAACUAUUUUUUUCCAGGGCAAACUAUGCCGAGUAUCAUGAUUUUUUUUUUUUUACUUUCCCCCCUGUAGAUAAUUUUUGUGUUUAUUUCAUUUGGUUUUUGAUCCAGUCAAGAAAUGAGUAGACGUUGGCAUAGACACCAGGCUUGUUCCUCCGAGCGCAGUCAAUGCCCCAGCUCACCACUCCACUAACAUAGUGAGUGCCAUUGUGUUCACAGACCAGUGGUCCUCCUGAGUCACCCUGUAGAAACAGAACAGGUACAGAAACUCUUUUUUUAGUGGACCACUAAGAAGAGGAUAAAUUGAUCUUGUUCACCAAGGCUAAUGUUAAUAGAGCAUUCAAAACACUUGAAUCAUCAGUCCCACCUCAUGUGAAUGGAUUAGUUUUUUUUCACUAAUGAAAAAACUCACCUUGCAGGAGUCAGUGCCACCCUGCAGAAUCCCUGCACAUAUCAUGCUGUCGUCCAGCACACUUCCAUAAACCUCAGGAGUUCUGCAUUUCUGGUCAGAAAUCAUGAACACACGAGCGUUUAGCAGGUGGCUGCUAAAUCUCUCUGAAAAGUAAAAGAGAACUAAAGAUGAAGCAUAAAUUUAUAGAUUUAUCCAUGAGGCAUAGAUUGAUCAUGAAGUCAUCAGUGUUGUCUGAUUUUCACGUUGGACUCAUAAACUGUUUAAACUAUGGACAACUUGGUUCUGCCUUCCUCAAGUACAUGGAUUUUAAGCCAAAAAGCUCUCAGUAAUUCCGUUUUUUUCUCCCCUUCCUGAAACCAACAUUGUGCAGUAGCAUUGUACGCACUCCACCACUUGCACAGUCGCAUUGGCGGGAGAGUCGUUGAGAGUCGCUGUGAUGACGCUCUGCUAAAACAGCAUAUCCUCUGGGUAAGCUACGCAAUCUUUGUACGCCCAUAGGCUGUAUCAAGUAUCAAUCAUUGAAAACAUGAACCCCCUAACAACUUUUAAAAAUGGAGCUGUGCAGAAAAAAGAGGACUUGAACACAAACCAGUCUAACAGUAACUACAUGUCAACAUCACAAGCAGGGGGAAAAAAUUAUGUUCUGUGUAAUAAACUUCUAAAAUUUGUCCACAGCUCCAUAAGCCUUGCUGCCGGAGGCGGGAUUUAUGACCCAUACUGCAGCCCGUCACCAGAGGGUGCUGUUCUCGGGGUGGCUUCACCUGGCAAGAAGGUGGACACUGUCCAUUCUUUAUACAGUCUAUGGUUAGAGUCAAACUUUUAAGCAGAGUCUGCGUCACAGAGCAGGUUUGAAAGUCCAAAAUGUUAACAAGUGAAGGAGGUUAUGUUCCAGCUGUACUUCUGAUCAUAUUUGAUCCAAUGAUUUUGCAUCUUAACCUUAACUAAGUGACUGCUCUGAUCUCUUGUUUCAUGAAUUGGAUUUUUCACAUACCCCAAUAUUUGGAAAUGCAGUCGAGUCUAACUAAAUAAUCUGAUGACAUUAAAUGAGUCUUAAUGAAAGGUACUUACGGCUUUCUGUGGCCCCCCAUCCUGAGAUCACACACUCUUUCCCAGAUGGGAAGCUCUGGUCUGGUAGACAUGCUGCCCUCACAAAGCGGGUUUCUUUGGCACAGUAAGGACUGUCUGUCACCUGGAGUCUGAGAAGAGCUACACAGGAAAGAAAAUUGCCUGUUAGCUAACAUCAGUCAUUUGUGUUAUUUUUAAAUCGUUUAACUUCUUUUUCACAGACUCAUCAUCUUAAAGCAUGUGGACUAUUUUGACUCUAAUGUUACAAACCAAUGUCGUUGUGUAGAGCAUUAGGAGCCUCCCUGUAGUUCUCAUGAACAAUAGUUUCUACAACCGGGAUGGUCUGGUCCAUCUCCUCCUGUUUGAAUAAUUUCACUCCUCCCAACAUCACUUGAAAUUCAUUGGUAUUUGAACUGCAAAAGAAAAUAAUUACAGUUAAAGGUGAAGUAGGCAGGAUUCCGUUAAAGAAGCAUCUUUUUUUGUGGUGUACAUAGAUACAAAAAAGCUUUUAAUAUCGGUCCAUAGCUAUUAGUUAUUGAUGACAUUGGGAUUAUAACGAUACCGCUGUGUUUUGUUUUGUCUGUGUAGUCAACAUUUAAAAUUUUUAGAGUGGCCCACUCUUUCUGACUGCCCACAAAGCCAUUCUUCGCCUCCCCCAACCUAAUUGGUUGUGAGGCAGACGCUGCUCCUUAGUGCUGAUUGGUUGUGUGGCAGAUGCUUCUCCCCCGUGUCGUUCACGAGCCCAAACAAAGUUAGCGUGCAACAAUAUGGGACAGCAGAAAUCAAGCAGACAGUACGGAAAAUUGUCUGAAUCCUCCUUUAGCUACAACUGCCAACACAAACAAGAAAACAAAGUAAAUACCAGAGAUUCUGGCGGAAUAACGGGUGCUUAAAAAGGAGGUAGACCAGACAAAAGCUAAAAAGCCGGGUCAACAUCAAUGGAGCGUAUGGGGAGGCUUUGGGAUCUUACAGACCCUGUAACCUUUCUGCUGGACAGGUAAACCGCUUUAACAAAUUAAGACAAGUGUCUGUAACAGAAGUUUUUCUUGUACAAUGGGACCUGCUGCAUGUUGUUGCGCCGCUAAACUGUUUACCUCGGGUCCUGGAGUAUACCACUUUAUCCUAGUUGUAGAAGUCCUGCAAACUUUGAGUUUGCUUGUAGUCUGUCGGCAUCUACAGAAGCACCAAUGCUUUUUACUUUCACGUUGACUGGGCCCCAUUUGGAACUAUCUUAAGUAUUCAUCUGCAUUAUAUCUGAAUUUAAAUAAAAUGAUUCGAGCAAGCAGGAGCGUCUGUUUGUGGGCCGGGGCUUGCUGGAGCAGAGAGGGAGGGGGGAGGAGGAGCUGAGAGGAAAACUGGUUGGGAGGAGUAGAGUUUACAUUAAAGAUUUCUCCCAAAAACUGGCACUUCCUCAGAUCUUGCCUACCCCACCUUUAAGUUAAAGAAUAAAGGUGGUUUCAAAUCUGAAGAAAUGGUGUGCAAGACAUACAUGCAGUGAGCAGCAGUGAGAGCCCAGCAGGACGACAGAAGAAUCCCACCACAUAUGUGGCCGAACUCAAAUGAGGAGCCUUUGGGUUUAGCCUGUAGGGAAAGCUGCCAGGGGUGAGCACCAGGGAAGGACUUGGUGCCUCCGAAAAUUCUGCUGGUGCGAGUGGGCUGGGUCCCGAAGUCUAUUUUGCCACACUGAGAAAACGGGGUAGAGCCUGGCACUGGUUGGACAGGAGUUGGGGAAGGACCUGGGAAAGAGGGAGCAAGUUACAGACGAAAAGUACAAACAUAUAUUGUAUAUAUUCUGUGUGUAAACAUGUGUCGUUGUGUGUCUGUAGUCACCUCCAGAGCACUUUUUGACUUUGCAGUGAUCCCACUGUAGUGAGCCUUGCUUUUUGACAUAACACCAUGGUUUGUCAUCCCCAUCUGGAUUCCUAAAAUGUAGAUAGCACAAUAAAACAAAAAGGAAAAUGAGACAAAUGAUAGUUUAACUAGUUUACACUCUUUACAAAUAGCUGAAUUUGCUGUGCUGCAGUGGAUAGAGUUUAUGAGUUAAAUGGAUAUGUUCAGGAGUUAUACCUCAUAGACUGAGAUUAUUAUGAAUUAAAAUGUUUAGAGGCAGGGACUCUGUCAAACGUGGGGAGUCUGGGCCAGAUAAAUAAUGAGCCUUAAAUAAAAGAUGGAAAUUAUACAUACAGGAUACUUGACAGCUAUGCGCUACACAAGUACCUCUCGACACACCAAGAUUUAACUGCCAGCCAAGAAAUACCACGACAACACAAAAAACUUAAAGGCAUGGUUGAUGAUUGGAGAGAUUGGUCAUUAAUAUGAACCUUGUUUAUAUGGCGAUCACGGUCCUAUAGUGCUACAAAGUGAAGAGACAAAAGGAUGUAAAAAAUCUGUUCACCCUAGUAGGUGCAGGGCUGCAAAUACAUUGACCAAUGGGAGCCAUCCGUCCUGGACAGCUCCUCUUGGUCAAUCUCCUGCUCCCCCUCUCCAUCCAAUCACCUCACUGUAUUCGACACACCCCUCUCCCGUGUUUCCGACUCAUUCCCUCCCACUCUUCCAGCCCUCCUCGGAGCUCUGAGCGCCUAAAAGUAGCGUAGCAGCUUUGCUACAGGAGCUGUGAUGGAGAAGGACGCAAAAAAACACAAGUGCUAAGAAAACGCAAGCCGACAGAAAAGAGGGCAGAGUCGAAGAGGAAAUGUGACCAAGCAAGGAAUCUAACUCGAAUAAAUAUCGGGUCAUCCUUUGAGCUGUGGAGAAAGCUCUGCCAGGAUUUGGGCCUGAAAACAGACGCCGAGACAGUAGAGUUUUUGUUGAACAGAUAGUUUUCGCCUUUUAGUGGCACAUGAUCUCAUAAAUUACUCUUAUUAGUCUCUGCAAUGUCAACACAGUAGCUGUCCAGGCAGCUGCAGACAGUGCUCGCUAGCAGAGCUGGCAUUUACUGCCACUAGUCACUAGCAAUCAGACAUGCUGAAUUCUAUUUGAAGCUAGUGUAGGAUCUUCUGCCGGCUGGCUUCUUGCUCUGCCAGAGGGGGUGUGUCGUGGGGAGGGCAAUACAGGUUCAGGGGGGGAGUUAUCAUGGAGCACAGAGGGUGGGGGGUCGGACACGUUUUUCAAAUAUGCCUCAAUGGCUCAGUUUUUUUCAACUGCUUCUCAGAUCGUCAACCAUGCCUUUAACCGAGCAAUAAGCAAGAAAAAAGUACUACGGGAACAAGCCCGCAAUUGGCUGCUGGUGUGCUGGAGCAGCCAAUCAGGAGCAUGCGACGGCACAUCUAAUUUACAUACAAGAUAGGCGACACACAGGACACAGCAAGGUCAGAGAUAAACACGGAAUACAAUUUACAAUAAAGGAAUAUUGCAACCGCGUGUUAUGAUGUCCAUGUUUUAGGUAACGAGGACAUCAUAACACGUAGCAAUGAUAAACAAAUCAGCUUUUGUACAUUAGUUUUUUCUUCCAAGAAGGGCUGGUCACAACCUCAUCUAUGGAAAAAUCCAUGUCAGCUUAACGCUAUAUAAUCUUUUUUCCAUUAAAUAUUGUCUUGAUUCUACCUGCAGUAGUUGUUAGACUCCAGUCCAGAGUCUGGGUACAUGAGGAUAGGAUCCUCCGCCUGUGAACGAACAAAGAAAGAGUUCCAGUCCAAACACUCCUGUCCGUCCUCUGUUUCACUGACAGUGCCUCUAUAUGACUCCCCAUUGCCCUCGUAACAGUCAGCAGGUGCUACAAGAGAAACUCAAAGUCAACACAAAACCUCACUUAAAAAAAAAAAAAAAGCAUCCAAAAUAUUUAUAGGGUCUGAAAAACCCUCUUAUUAUCAAUACAAAAUCCUUACAGGAAGCCCACAAAGUUGAAUUAAAUGUCAAAUUUGAACUAGUUUUGUGUGAUUUUUUCUUAAUUAAAAAUGAUUUUUUUUUACAGCGGGACCAUAAACAACACUGACACACAAAAAACUGCUGAGGACUGUGGUAUUUUAGAGUUUCUGUAAUCGAUCAAUAUCUGAUGUUUGGUUUGUUGGUGAACUUUGAACUUUUUGUGUUUUUCUAAGAGUUCAUUUCAGGCUUUUCCUGCUAACGAGUGUGAUGGCUGAAUCAGUCCUUUAGACAGCACUAACCAUUUUGGCAGAACCUCCCAGUAUGUCCACCAGGACAUAUGCAGCCAAAGCGUUUGGUCCCUUUCACACAGGUAGCUCCGUUCUGGCAGGGAUUGGGUUCACAGGCUGAUGAUGGCACUGAAACAACAAGAAAAAAACAAUUCAAAGGUGCAUCACUGCAAGGCUGUAUCAAAGGGUUCAGAGAAUUGACUACCCAGUUCUCCCCUUAAGAUAUCCAUCCUUUGAAAAGAGGUUUUUGAAGACUAUCUGUUGCUGGAGCCUCAAGCAAGUCAGGCAUCCAUACAUUUUAUUUACGUCACUUUCCUGUAAUAACUUCUUGCAGAGAUGCCCUUUUAUAAUAAAUUAGGAUCAUGGGGUAUAAAGUUUCUUGGCAGACAUGAUUGCAACACUUAAAACAGUGGAUCCCAUCAGAGUCUGAUGGGCCUACAACACCACUCCACGUCAGAACAGUUGACAACACAACAAGGAACUUUAUGGUUCUCCUUGUUUAGUCUGACAAAGAUCAAUCUCAAAUCUUGUAAAACAUAAGGUUUUGGGUACUCACAUGAUUUGCAGUCAGGGCCAUAGUAUGGAGGGUUACACUUGCACUCGUAUGACUCAGGUUUGUUUAAAUUGACGACACAGUUACCAUGGCCACAGGUGACAUUCGCACAAAUAUUUCUCACUGUAAAGAAAAAUAAGUUUUCAAAAGUGACAGUUUGACCAAACAUCAACUUUGUGUAUAAGCAUUAAAAUAAAGCACUCCAAAAUGAUCAUCAUACAAGUUGUCAAAUGACAUCUAAUCAGCCAGAAUGGUGGUAUGAAAGUGCGCAACAAAAUAUUGAAGCAAGGUUUGAAAAGCUCACUUUUCUGGCAUCUCCUGCCCACGUAGGGGAAAGGACAAAUGCAUGUGAAAUUUGUAUCUGAUAUAGGAAGGCAGGAAGCACCGUUGAAGCAGGGGUUAGACAGACAAGCAUCUGCAGCUGGAGAGAUAAAGUAUAAUUUUAGGUAUAACGUAAAAACAUACACAGUAAUACAUACAGAACAUGCAGUCUUAUGAGGAUACUCACUCGGCUCAUCUAUCAAGUCAAACAACCAGUCAUCCACAUCGUAGUAGAAGUUAGGUGCAUCCGUGGGGUCCAAUCCGUAAUCUAUGUCUGUGAGGAACAGAGAUCUCUGAGUCACUAGAGUGUUACUACAAGCAGCAGGGUUACCAACAUUUUCAAUAAUAUGAUUUAUUAACUGUGUGCGUUUAAAAGUCAGAUCAGAUCAUUGGUUGGUCAAAAAGGGAGAAAAACAUGGAUUUUAAGACUUCAAUUACACUCUGUUAAGACUGUUAAAGCGACUUAAUGAACCAUUGUCACUACCAAUAAUAACUCAAUGUACAAGAUAUCUUUGAUGAUAAGGUAUAACAAUAAUAUCAACUCAGAGUUUACACAAAGCUAAAGUUCACUGAAAGAGUACAGGAUGAGGCAGGAGAGGUCAUAGAAUCACAAAAAAUCAAUGUCACAAUAAAACUAAGAACAAUUUUGUCAUUUAUUAUUCUGUCAGUCCUAAAAUUAUACUGUGAUAAUUUAUGAUUAAACUUGCUCCCUAUUCUUGAAAUGAUAGUUCUGUCCUCCAAAUAAUUUGGAUUAUAACGUUUACAUAUGGAUUUCAAACCAUGCUCGCAAUUACAUUUUUUAUGCUUAAAGAAAAAAAAAUGCAAAUCUAAAUAUCCAAUGUGCAAUUACAAAACACAGAAAUUAGUUGAACUCCAAGUUUUAAGAACCACACAGGUCAACUGGAGAAAAGUUUCUUACAGAGGAUAUCAUCCUGAAAUGACAAAAAGAAAGGAAAAAAAAAAAGGACAAAUUAACAACGUAUCUUUUCAUAAACUCAGUAUUUGCACCAUUACAAAAAAAAUCAUCAUAGUUUAUUAAUAAAAAUGAUGAGAAACUUACAACGGCUUCGUUUUGAUGAACACCCAGCAAACACAGGCCAAUGAGCAGCACCCCUGCGGACAACAUGGUGCUGUGUGUGAGCACAGUCUAGAGGACUGACGAUCCAGUGAUAGUGUUAGGCUUUAAUACGCAGAUACAACCAAAUUCAACACUGUCAAUAUUUAGCUGGCUGCAUUGAUUGAGUGGGAGUUGGUGAUUGAGUUUAAGGACAUUGUACCCUAUGUGCUCUUUGGUUCUGUCUAUUUAACCCUUGCUUUCCGUAAUCACACUUUCAACUCUGCAUCAGCUAAACUAAACUUUGCAGAAUUAAAAAGUCUAAUAUCAGAGGUACGUCACUGUACAAUGUACUAAUACACACAAGUAAAAUUUCUUAUGAAACAACGAUGCAAAGACAUAUAUAAGAAAAGUAUUGAUUUUCAAACACAAAAUUGUUUUUGUACUGAUUAUACUUUCACCCACAAAUAAACUGAAAAAUGGUUAGAUCUUUCAUUUCUAGUACUUGGAGCUUUCAUUUAGGUUUGUCUUGCAUAAUUUGGUGGUAAAACCAACAUAGACCACUGGGUAAACUGAGAAAAGGUUGAGAUUAUCAGUUAAAAUGUUACGAGACAAUUUCUAAAUGUUCCAGGACAAUUUCAUCAACAAGUAACAGAGGAUUUAAAAGACAACAUGUGUUCAGAAGAAAAUAAUGCAUGGCCACUCUUUGAUAAAAAUAUCUGGGCACAAAACAAUAGAGUCAUGGUCACAUGUUUGGCUGUGGGAAACUGAUUAGCAAAAGUGCUAAGAAAGACAAAGUCAUGACCAAAGCAUUACAAAAUGUGGUCUUAUUGAAUAAGUAUGGUGUUGUCAUGAGAAAUCAAAUGAUAGUACACAGAUUGAUAAGAUGUAGACAACUUAAGUAAGUUGUGGCCAUAAAGCGGUGGUCAAAAUGAAUAAGUUGAACAACACAGGACUUGCCAGGUUAGAUAAAAAGAUUGUCAGUGUAUGUGCUUAACUAAAAAGGAACAGAGGCAGAAACGAUGGGGUUUAAGUAUUUUUGAUACUUUAUUGAAAUCUCCAACUGGGCUAUUGAGAGCAUUGAGAGUACUGAAUUCAGGUUGUAUCAGGCGAAAAGUAAAAAGAGAGAAACAAUCCGCACACUUCUGGUCUGUUGCAAAAAGAGCUUUACUGAGGCAAGCUUUCGGUCUGUUAGACCUUCAUCAAGGCAUUCUGCCAGACAGACCAACAGCUUGCCUCAGUAAAGCUCUUUUUGCAACAGACCAGAAGUGUGGGGAUUGUUUCUCUCUUUUUUCUUUAAAGUUUCUGCUAAUCCUGCACCUUCUCUCCAGACUGAGCGGUGACCCUUCACUUUUUUACUUAUCAGGCCAAAAGUAAAAGUCUUUCAGUUUCAAAUACAAGGUUUGUUUUAGUUUUAUAUCUUGAAUGUGUUCAAAUAACAUGAAUCUGGAUCAGAGAAUGCCGUGUGCUGUUUGGUCAUCACUUUUUUAAAAAGGUAUGUUAUUUUAUUUCAUUGGACAAGGCUCAGACAAACCUUGCAAACUGGCAGUUCUCCAAUGAAGUCUGCUAAUAUAAUGCACUUUGCAAGGCUCAGUGGGAAUAAGUAUUGUCGAAUGAAAAAAUGUGUGCCCUCCGUUUUGUCUGGCAGGUUCAGCUUUGUGAGUUUGUAUCAGGUCCCAUUUUAACUCAAAGCUGGGCUGGGAGUAAAUGCUUGGUUUUAUUGCUGGUUAAAUAAACUUUUUUUUCCCAGGGCAAACUAUGCUGAGUAUCAUGAUUUUUUUUUAACUUUCCCGCCUGUAAAUAAUUUUUAUGCUUAUAUCAUUUUGUUUUUGAUCCAGUCAAGAAAUGAGUAGACGUUGGCAUAGACACCAGGCUUGUUCCUCCGAGCGCAGUCAAUGCCCCAGCUCACCACUCCACUAACAUAGUGAGUGCCAUUGUGUUCACAGACCAGUGGUCCUCCUGAGUCACCCUAUAGAAACAGAACAGGUACAGAAACUCUUUUUUUAGUGGACACUAAGAAGAGGAUAAAUUGAUCUUGUUCACCAAGGCUAAUGUUAAUAGAGCAUUCAAAACACUUGAAUCAUCAGUCCCACCUCAUGUGAAUGGAUUAGUUUUUUCACACUAAUGAAAAAACUCACCUUGCAGGAGUCAGUGCCACCCUGCAGAAUCCCUGCACAUAACAUGCUGUCGUCCAGCACACCUCCAUAAACCUCAGGAGUUCUGCAUUUCUGGUCAGAAAUCAUGAACACACGGGCGUUUAGCAGGUGG